UUUAGAGCCAAAGCUCGCUGAGCAGCCACGCACGCGCUCUCAACUUUAAAGUAGUCCACAGUAUAAUCUGACCAUACAGGGGAUUUCGAUCGGAAGAGAAAAAAAAAAAAAAAACAACAACAACAACAAUCUAAACAAUCCGUGCAAUGCGAGGAUAGCCUAUAUUUGCCACAGGACUACACAGGCUUUCAGUAAGAUGCUAAUCCUGUGACGGCGCGAGCGGCUUGCGCGCGCUCUAUCCGCUCCCAGUGCGCACGGGAUUUCCUUCUACCUGCAGAGGCAUUCCGGAUUAAGAAAGCAGCUCUAAUGGCUCUAUAACACACUUCAGCCGCGCGCGCGUGUGUGUGUGUGUGUCCAGUGAAGCGGCAUUGGGAAAGAUGAUGGGAGAGUGUGUGUUGCGGCGUGUUGUGUCUCUGAGUCUCAGGUUGAUGCUUGUUAUUCCUGCAGGUCUGCCGGUACGGAGUCAGGGAGACGCACAAUCCGAUAAUACCGUGAUGGACAACAUAACUGUCCGACAGGGAGAGACCGUCUUCCUCAGUUGUUCUCAAGGCGAUGUCGUGACGCACACAGCCUGGCUGAACAGGUCCAGUAUACUGUACGCCGGCGAGGAUAAGUGGUCCGUGGAUCCCCGAGUCAGCCUGGUCACCCUAAACCGUGACGAGUUCACCAUCAAGAUCGAGAACAUAGACCUGAGUGAUGAGGGACUGUACGUGUGUGCUGUUCAGACCAGCAGCAAGCCCAGAACCACCUCCGUCCAUAUCAUUGUGCAAGUCCCUCCAAAAAUUGUCAACUACUCAAACACUAUGGUGGUGAACGAAGGCUCCAGCAUCACACUGAUGUGUUUGGCUAACGGCAAACCAGAGCCUGCAAUCAGCUGGAAAAUGUUGUCCCAAGAAGGAAACGAUUACAUUGAUUCAGAAGACGAGUAUUUUGAGAUCCCUUCCGUCAGCAGAAACAAAGCAGGAGUGUACGAGUGCACAGCAUCUAACGACAUCGCCUUCGACAGAAAGAUAGUGCAGCUGGUGGUCAACUAUCCUCCCACUGUGUUUGAAGGUAGAGAUGUGGGUGUCUCUCUGGGUCACACUGGGGUCUUGACAUGCGAAGCAGAUGCUAUCCCACUGGCAGAUUUCGAGUGGUACAAAGACGACAGAAGGAUCUUCAAUGGCUUUGAUGGUAUUGAGAUCGAGGACAUCGGAUCCACGUCAAAGCUGACUUUUCUCAACGUGUCUGAGCAAGACUAUGGAAAUUACACGUGCGUCGCCAUCAACAAACUCGGGAGUGCAAACACAAGCAUCAUUUUAUAUGAAGUAAUUGAACCCACUAGCUCGACGCUCUUGCAAGAAGGGACUUCAUCUGUUUUAGAGCAAACAGCCACUGAACACAAUCAGUUGCGGGAAGGACCUGGUGCAGUUCAAGAUGGUAACAGCGGCAAAGCAGGGACAUACACACCCGUCUGCCUCUUCCUCAUCAUCGCCCUGCAGCUACUGCUCACGUUUUGAUGGUGAAGAGGUUCUCGGCUGGAGUUGGUCCCAUCUCUCUCGUCACUCAUAUCAACCCCUGCAGCCACCGAUGAGAGCAGAGGGCGGGCAUGUGAUUCCCCACUACACCUUUUUAAUAAAGUAAUCAUUCCAUUUUACUUUAUAUUAGUGUCAAAUAAAUCUCUCCUAUAUUUUUUACUUAUUCUUUCUUUUGCCCCAGUAAAAAUCUCAUGAUUUAUACAUAGGAAACAGGCCUGUUGAGGUGAGGCUUGUCCGGUAUAUAUUUGCAUAUAAAAGUAUUUCUGUAACUGUACUUUCAUUUAACCAAGCGUAACCUCUUCUAAAACUUUAGCAUCACACUUAACAGGAAAAUAAUAUUAUUCCAAGCAAAAUGCACAUAUAUCUCCCUUUAUUUUAUUUUAUUUUUUGUUUCUCAUCAGGCAGUGACCUCAAGAAAUGAGAAUUACUGUAUAAUUAUUUUUAACAUUUGUUUUUUUGUAAUAUAAUUUUUUUCUGAAAUUUGGGGGAGACUCCAGGCUGCUCCCCCAUUGUAUUUUUUCUUUCUUCCUUUUUUUUUUUUUUUUUUGGUGGUAAUAUUUAUAAGGUUCAUUUUGCAAAUAAAUAUAAUAAUUUGGUGUAACUUUUAUUUUCAAAUGGAAAAGGCAAAGUGGGGAUUCUGCAGAACCAUUAAGAAACUCACUACUAAUGUUUAAUUUAGUCUGCAGGAGAGACAAUAAAAAAAAAUAAAAAAAAAAACAAAGUUUGGGAUAAUUUAAUGUAAUAUGAUGUACACCAAUUUAAAAUUCAUUGUUUUCUUAGUUUUUGUAAUAUUAUCAAGCAACAAUAGAUUUAAUCUCCAGUCACCUCAUUUGCUUUUUGAUUGAGUAGGGCUGCAUCCUAGGUUUGGGGUAAAACCAAGAGGUAGACAUUUCCAUUACACUGACUGAGAGAGCCCAAAGUCUCAUCAUUUUUAAGUUGGUUUUGGAGUUGUGGCGAUACAAUUGCUGUAUCUCGAACAAUUUUUUUUUUUUUUUUUGUCAACCCAUCUCUAUAUAUUUUGUGUAAUAAUGCGCCUUCUUCAAUUUUUCAAUAAUUCUGUAAAAGCUCCCAUCCCGACAUAACUCAUCAUCACUAAGUUCUCUUCUCUAUAUGCAUAUGAUUUGUACAAAGGGAAAAUAUGCACCUGUUUUUACUAAAGUUGUGAACCAGUUUAAUACAAUGCAACAGACUUUUCUAUUUUAUGUUGCUGCUCUGGUUGGAGUCAUGUAAUUUAUUUCUGAUAUUUGCAUUGCGUUUUGCAUUAGAGUAACUUCUAAAUACAAAAAAAAAAAAACAAUGUUUAUUGUAAAAAUCUGAUAUUAAGUAGUGUGCUUUCCAUAUGGUAUAUGGGCAGGAAGAAGUAAAAUUGUCUAUCAUCGUCUUACCUUCAAUAUCUGAGUUUCAGAAUGGUAUCGUUGCAGAGCAGGUGUGUGGUCUGCUUAAGCAUCUAUACAUUAUAUUUUUUAUCAUUUUUGUCUCACUGUUUUUGCCUGAAUAUUUGCUAUAGUCAGAGUACCUCAAAGACAGAGCAAAACUCACAUGGUUAUGAUUUUUGCACUACAGUCAAUGUGCAUGUCCAGAUUUAAUUUACAGGAAGACUUUAGUAACUGGGACUGGUGAAUAAAAAAAAUGUAGGAAAAAAUAUAUAUAAUAAAGAAAUAAAUCGACGUAUGCCCAGCAAAUAAGACAGUCCUGGGCACAAUGAAGCUUGAAACAUAAGUGUAAAGGGAAAAUCAUUAUCUAUCAUUAUAAUGGUGGAUUUCAAGCACAAGGUAUAAUUAAAUUUAAGGCGUGUGGCAUUUGUGCACUGCUUUAACAGCAGAAUUUUUGUAUGUGGUUACCUAUAAAGAUAUACUGUAAAACACUACAGUUUUGUCUUUCCUUGAUUUUUUUUAUUUCCCUUUUCUUUUUUUUUUUUUGAUCAGGUCUGGCCUGUAUAAAGAGUAGGUGCAGUAUAGUCGUCUUUCAAGCCAACAGCAUCACGAAAGCACAGAAAUCCCUUUUCAGAUCCGAAAUUUCAAGCUUAAAUUGCACCUACUCUUUACGGCUGUUUGUGAUGUGUGUUUAGAAAGUGAACUUUGUAAUCUGGAUUUAUGAACCGAGGCAUUUGGAAGAAAUGAACCUGUUACUGCACCAUGUUAUCUUCUAAAGGGGAGUGAUGCUCGUCUGUGCAUGGCCAGAGCCCACACCUUUUCCAUGGAUGAGUGAUUUGGUGCGAAUUUGUUGGAAAAAAAUAAAAAAUAAUACAAAAAAAUAAGGCACCCAACCGAGUCUUUAAAAAAAUAAUAAAUAACGUAUCGCUCUUCUCCUACAUGAUUCCUUGGAGAGGACCAAAUCAAAUUAAACUCCCUGUAAUGUAAAGUAAUUGUUGCUUCAUGUUUUUCUUUAUGGAUAUUGUGUGUUCAUAUUUAAGACUUACAACAAUAAAAUGUUGUAUCUAAACAGAA